UGUACGAAUAGUACAAGCUAAAAAUGGCGUCCCUGUUUAAGAAACCCAGACGGAACUUCAGAAGAAAAGGUGGCGAAUUGGAUUCAGAUAAAGAAGAUGAGUCUAAAGAAGAGAAAAUGGAUACUAGCGAAAAUCAGCCUCUUUCAUUUAAACCAGACGCCGAGAAAAAGAAAAAACAAAAACCCAAAGAGAAAGAAAAAGAUUCUUCCACCAAAACAGUUCUUAGCUUUGAAAUGGAAGAGGAUGAUGCUGAUACAGAGGUGUUUAAAAUUAAGAAGUCCAGCCACAGUCGUCGCAUAGCAAAACAGAUGAAAAAGGAGAAAAAAGGAAAAGAUCAAGGAGAUGACUGGAAUGGGCAUAAUCUAGAUGAUGAUGAAUAUGAAGACAGAGUGGAUAAAAAUAAUGAAGAUAUGAUAUGUCGGAGGAGGCAAGAAGAGGAAGAAGAAGCAGAAGAAAAAAUUAGAAAAUUGCGUGAGGAAUUUCGGACUUUAAAUGGAGAAGAAGCAGAAGAUUUAGAUGACAGCGAUGAUGAUGGCCAAAAAACUUUUAAAGCAAUGCUAGCUAGAGGAGAAAUCCCGGAUGCCAAGACAAUCCAUUUUAUUCGCAAACAGCGUCAGAUGGCAAGAGAAACAGACAGCUUUAUUCCAUUGGACGAGUCAGAAGUGAAGUCUAAUAAAUCAACAGCUCGACUUGUUAGAGAUGAUGACAAUGAUAAAAGUGAUGAUGAGGAAGAUGAGAGGGUAGACUUUGCAGUGGAUAAAGCAGCAAGAGAGAGGCAACAGAUGAGGGAUGAUUUCUUGGCUGCUGAACAUGGUAGUGAUGAUGACAGUGAUCAGGAACGAGAAUGGGAAAACCAGCAGAUACGAAAAGCUGUUAGCCUUCAGAUCCCAGGUGUAGAUGUGCCCACAGUUUCCAACGAUGGCUCCACGUCUACAGGAGUAAAUUUCUACUCCCUAUCAUCCAGCAUCCGCGUGUCCCCCACCUCCACACUGAGGCCAGAUGAGCUGAAGCCCUUUUCUGCUCUCUCCAAAUCUCAGAACAUCUCAGAUAUAACCAUUGAAUCAGUUAGAAAACGCUUGGAAGAACGCCUCACCACAAUGGACACUGUGUAUAGAGGCCACAAGCUAGAACUGGACAAAACUUUGUCCAAUAUCGAAGAUGCUAAAGAUAGCAUCGAGUCAUGUGAGCAAAGGGCGCCAGACUUGGAAAAACGCUUUCAGUUUUUCCAGGAAUUGAGGGGGUAUGUGCGAGACUUGGUAGAAUGCCUAAACGAGAAGGUUCCUGCAAUUAAUGAAAUGGAACAACGUGUGUGUAACCUGCUCAAGUCUCGCACUGAGAGGCUGAUCAAGCGCAGGCAGUUGGAUGUACAAGAUCAAUGUCGAGAGUACAUGACAAAUGCCAGCGUCAAGUUGGAUGUGGAGGCUAAAGAAGAGCAAGUCAGACAGAGGAGAGCUGCAGAGAGGGAGGCUCGUAGAUCCCGACGUCGCAGGGUGAGAGAAACAAAGAACAUUGUAGGACAUCAUGAUGGUCUGUCAUCUGAUGAUGAGGAAAGUAGCCCAUCUGUUAUGGUUAAAUUUAAAUCUGAAAUGGAGGAAAUCUCCAAGGCUCGCUCCAGCCUGUUUGAAGAUGUAUUGGAUGAGUUCUCUGACAUUGAGUACAUCAAGGAACAGUUUGAGAGCUGGAAGUUUACCUAUGGGGACACCUACAGAGAAGCCUACAUAGGACUUUGUUUACCUAAGCUGUUAAAUCCCUUUAUUAGAAAAGAGCUUUUGUUUUGGAACCCGCUAGACGAAAACUGUAGUGAUUUUGAGGACAGCAGAUGGUUCAAUUCGUUGGUGUUCCUGGGCUACAGAGAAGGGGAAGAGUUGAAUAAAUCUGACGAUGACCUACGACUUUUACCCUCUGUCAUUGAAAAAUUAAUAUUGCCCAAGUUAACGUUUUUGGUAGAGAACGUUUGGGACCCCCUCUCCACCACACAGACAGCCAGACUUGUGAACUUGACAUCUAAGCUGGUCAGAGACUACCCCACAGUUCAUGCUCACAACAAGCACUUUAAGAUGUACCUUGAAGCUGUUGUGUCAAGAUUAAAGAAAACCCUUGAUGAUGAUGUUUUUAUGCCCAUGUAUCCCUUAAGUGUGUUAGACAACAGAUCCUCUGGUCCAGCUAUUUUCUUUCAUCGCCAGUCUUGGACAUGUAUCAAGUUGUUGGGUAACAUGUUGUCAUGGAACAGACUGAUAUCUGCACUGGUUCUACAGAAACUUGCCCUGUCUGGUCUGCUAAAUAGGUACAUUGUGAUAGGAUUGGUAUCCUCACAUAUAAAUAGGGAGGCUUUACAUAAGUGUCAAGCAAUCAUUUCCACAUUUCCCAAAGACUGGUUCACUAACCUAGAAGGGGAGUCAACUCUGCCACAGCUGGAGAACUUGUGUCGUUACCUGGUCUCAGCUGCUAAAACUCUCCACAAAGCCACAGCUUUAGAGAAAGAUGCUGAGAGACUGGAGGGCAGAGAGAUGGUGAAACAAAUCAGCAAACACCUGAUCAACAUCCACGCUAUGGACCACGCCAUGUCACUAGCUAAUGAAUUCAGCUUCAAAAUAUCAUGAACAGUGGCCAUCCUGUUUUCUUCCAGUCUUGUCAGAAAGUCUUUGUUGUCUCUCCACUAUAAUAAAGAAGUUACAUUUACACAUCAGCUGCACAGUUAUAGUUUCACCUUUAGUGGAUCAGUCAGGGGGGGGGUGUAUGUAGAUGGACUGGUUGGAAUAUGUAGGAACUAAAGUUUUUGAUUGUCAUUAGUGAUAAGUUAAAUGAGUUGGUUGUAAUGUGCACCUUCUUUCUUUUUAUUGACAUAUUGUAUGUGAAAUAACACACUUAACAUACACGUAAUCACACUUAUGAGUGUUAAUGAGUGAUACCCAGUUAGGGAGGUUAAUUUUGCACCAGAGCUAUACACAUAGAAGAAAACAAUGCUAGAUUACAGGUUGUAUUAUUAAGCUGUGAUUUCAAUUUCACAAACUUAAGAGAUUUAACAUGCUGAUGUUGAUGUAAUAGGACAUAGUGCUGAUCACACUAUCCCUUCAGAUGAAGUACUCAAAGAAAUGAAAUGUUAUUUCAUCUGGUAUUUUAGAUCAUUGACAUUUUACUUUCCUGUUGGAGAAUAUAGAUAAGAUGUGCUCUUAUUGUAUAAUGCACAAGUGCACUAAUUUUUAUUCAGUAAGUCUGAUAGACAAAACAUAAGGCAUUGACUUCAGUUGUGUGGCCAUAUUGAAUGUCAGUCGAAUUGAUAGACAAAACAUAAGGCAUUGAGUUGUAUGGCCAUAGUGAACGUCAGUUAAAUUUUAAAUAACUGUAGAUUGUUCUGUUAAAAAAAAAAAUGUUUCAGUAUUUUUGAAUGGUUACUUUCAGCUGAUGGUUUUACAUCACUGUAUGCUUAAUAUAGAUUCCUUAUUUUAAAAAUGAUUGUGUCAUUCGACUUGUAUAAAUUAAGAUACUUGUUCUGUUUUGUUCAAAUAAAAUAAGACUUUGUGAUUUGAUACUUUGAUAUAUUUGCUGGAUUUGUUUUAGCAUUUUGUUGUAAAGUUUAGAAUUUUAAAACAAUUUCUUGACUUCUGGUUCUCAUUAAGUUUCUGUGUUUAA